UGUCCCGGUUGUCUGCUGAGCAAAGAGGAAGACGACUGCAGAACUGGUUCACAGCUUUGCCAUUUGCACCGACCACCUGAUUCCAUUUUUGGGUAUACUUCAAAGAAAAAAGAAAGAGGAUAAAACAAUCACAUAAAAAACCCAAACAUAGUCUUUGAGUUAUUCAUCCAUUCGCAUUUUCUCCGUCACUCUUCGCUCUCCAGUUAGACUCUGUGCUCUUCAUUGACUUUUCUCUGACUUUCUCCGGCAAUAACUUUAAGCAGGUCCCCCGUUUAUAUGUUGAAGUGGAAGAAUUUGGGUGUAUGAUUACUACUUUCUGAUCCUUUCCCAGGUCUGCACAAUUAUUUUUUGUAAAAAUUUCCACUUUGGUCUGUGGGUGUGAGAGGCAGAACGUUGAAGUCAACAUCUGGGAAAAGGUAGUCGGCCAAUUGAACAUUGUUGAUUGAAAACUGCAAUGUGAACAAUGGAAGAUUCUCAUAAGUUACCUACUACUCAACAAACCCACCCGUCUCUUAUUGCCAAGAAAAUGUCUCUUCUGCUUUUCCUAAGUUUGCAGCCUUAGCCUACGCACAGAUACAGACAUCUGCGAGUGUGUUCUUAAAGGUCAACGGGAAGAAAUAAAGGGUCUUUGCUAUUUUAUGAAGAAACCUAUCCUUUGCUGAUGUGAACAUGUCAAUCACUUUCUAAAAACAGAAAAAUAUUUGAAACCUUUUGGCAUUAUGCAUGUCUGGUCCUAGGGUGAUUUCUGAUGGGGUUGGAAUAGGAAUUUCAUUGUCAGAGAGGGUCCUAUCUGUCAAUCCUUUAUUGCUUAAUGACAAUUAUUAUGACUUGGCAACAACAAACGGAGAAGUUUCCUCUUCUGAUUCCAGGGGCUUUAGAGUCAGAAAGGUCAUACUGCCAAACGGAGAAUCUUAUUCCGGCUCCCUGCUUGGAAACAUACCUGAAGGCUCAGGCUUGUAUAUUUGGUCUGAUGGCUGUAGCUACGAAGGUGAGUGGAGACAUGGGAUGAGGCAUGGUUAUGGGACCCUCAAAUGGCUCUCUGGUUCUGUUUAUGAGGGUGAAUUCUCUGGUGGCUAUAUGCAUGGGACUGGGACAUAUAUUUCACCUAACAAAAUGACCUACAAAGGUCGCUGGAAACUGAACCGUAAACAUGGCUUAGGUUCCCAAAUAUACCCGAAUGGUGAUAUGUUUGAAGGAUCCUGGAUACAAGGGACACCAGAGGGACCCGGUAAGUAUGCAUGGGCUAAUGGAAAUGUCUAUUUUGGGAAUAUGAAAGGAGGAAAGAUGUGUGGGCGAGGAACUCUCACUUGGCUCAAUGGAGAUACAUAUGAAGGGAAUUGGUUAAAUGGCAUGAUGCAUGGUUUUGGUGUAUAUUCAUGGCGAGAUGGUAGUGGAUGCUAUAUAGGGACAUGGACUCGUGGUCUAAAAGAUGGUAAGGGCACAUUUUACCCUAGGGGCAGCAAGCUUCCUGCCAGGCAGGAAUUGUACCUUAAUGCACUUCGAAAAAGAGGGUUGCUCCCAGAUUUAAUGGUGUCUCACUUGGGAAAUGAUAAAGUGAGUGAGGAUUUCAAUGGUUCAUCUGUUAAGCUCCUCGGUAAAGGAAACCUUUUAAACCUGGAGAUGUCUCGUCGCACCAAUGGUGUUGUUUUGGAAAGACGUUGGAGUCUUGAUGUGUCGAUUGAGAAUGUCAUUGGGCGAGAUUUAUUAGAGUCUGAAAUCACUACAAAUGAUUAUUUCAAUACUCCGAUACUUGAAAGAGAAUACAUGCAAGGUGUCUUGAUUAGUGAAGUUGUUCGUAAUGAUCAUUUCUCUUCAUCAUCUAGGAGAACAAAAUGGCGGCAAAGAAAACACUUCAGGGAGAUAAAGAUGCCUGGCGAGACAAUUAUCAAAGGUCACAGAAGUUACGAUUUAAUGCUGAGUUUGCAGCUCGGCAUCAGAUAUACUGUGGGGAAAAUCACCCCCAUACAAAGGAGAGAAGUACGGGCUUCAGAUUUUGGACCGCGUGCAAGCUUUUGGAUGCACUUCCCUAAAGAAGGAUCACAGCUCACACCUCCACACCAGUCUGAAGAUUUUAUGUGGAAAGAUUAUUGUCCUAUGGUAUUCAGGAACCUAAGGGAGAUGUUUAAGAUAGAUGCUGCUGACUACAUGAUGUCCAUUUGUGGAAAUGAUGGACUUAGAGAGCUUUCUUCCCCUGGAAAAAGCGGCAGUGUGUUUUUCCUCUCCCAAGAUGAUCGUUUCAUGAUCAAGACAUUGCGAAAAUCAGAAGUUAAGGUUUUGCUCCGCAUGCUGCCGAAGUAUCAUCUACAUGUGAGGAGUCAUGAGAACACACUUAUUACCAAAUUUUUCGGACUUCACAGGGUAAAGCCUUUAAGUGGACAAAAGUUCCGCUUUGUAGUGAUGGGCAAUAUGUUCUGCACAGAACUGAGAAUCCAUCGACGAUUUGAUUUAAAGGGUUCCUCGCUAGGGCGUUCAGCAGAUAAGGUUGAAAUAGACGAAAGCACUGUACUAAAAGAUCUAGAUUUGAAUUACUGCUUUUAUCUGGAACCUACAUGGCAAGAAGACCUGCUGAAGCAAAUUGAAAUCGAUAGCAAAUUUUUGGAAGAACAGCACAUUAUGGAUUACAGUCUCCUGUUGGGUGUUCACUACCGAGCUCCUCAACACCUGCAAUCUUUCAUAUCACAUAGUCAACGGUUAACUGCAGAUGGAUUGGAAAUUGUUGCAGAAGAAGAAUCUAUGGAGGAUGAAAUAGGUCCCCAAGGGCUCGUGUUAAUUCCAAGACGUGCAGAUGAUGGUGUUGUUGUUGUGGGCUCGCAUGUCAGAGGUAACCGACUAAAGACUUCAUCUGCUUCGGGUGACGAGGAAGUAGAUCUUCUUCUUCCAGGAACAGCUAGAUUGCAGAUCCAGCUGGGGGUGAAUAUGCCUGCAAGAGCAGAGUAUGUCCCCAGGAAAGAUGAGAAGCAGAUCUUUCCUGAAGUGUAUGAUGUUGUACUUUACCUGGGUAUUAUUGACAUCUUGCAAGAGUACAACAUGACUAAGAAGAUAGAGCACACGUUCAAAUCGUUACAAUAUGAUUCUGUGUCCAUAUCUGCGGUGGACCCCACAUUCUACUCCCAGCGCUUUUUGAAAUUCAUCCGGAAGGUGUUUCCUGCGAAUGCAUUAACGAGUUAGAAGACUACACUCUGUUCCCAAGAAAGAUUCAUGUUUCUAAUAUUGUUUUAGUAUUGAAAAUAUUUAACUAGUAUUUUUUUUCUGAAAAAAAGUAGUAUAUAGUCUGGAUUUGUAAUUUUGUCUUGUUGUUUAGAUAGUAUCCGCACCUCAAAUAUUGUACGAAAAAAGAGGUAGAGGAGGCGAACUUGGUCGAUGCAUUUGAUUAUUUGAUGUAGCAUCUGUAUAAAUAAAUACAUAAACAAUUUUCUCAUCUUGAUUGAGGUUUAUU